AGAAUUCAAAAGUGCCUUCAAAAAUAUUCAUCUUUAUUAUUUUAAUUUCUUUAAUAAAACAAUAAUAAUUACAAAUAAUGAAUAUUGUUUCAACUGGUCGAUCAACAAUACUAUCUGAAUUUCCAGAUUUACAAACAAAAUUCACAUAUCAACAUGCAAAUAAUGAGAAAACAGAUUUUUUAUUUAGCCAAAAACGCCUUUUACUUGAAGUGAAUGAAAAAUCUGGUUUAGAAUUUUUAAGAAUAAAAGAUUCCACAAAUCAAAAACCAGAUAUAACUCGAAUUAAGAAAAUUAAAAUUGAUAAUUUGGUUUGUAUUGCUUGUCCAAAGCAAGGCAACGAAGAAGUCGCUCUUGGAUUAUCCAAUGGUCAAAUCCAAUUGUUAAAUUAUAAAGAUACGGAGUUUGUUCAUAAAUUUCCAGCAGAUAAUUCUCGCAACAGCGUCAUAAGCUUGGACUACAAUGCCUCUGAUGAAUACAUAUCGUCUGUUUAUGAAAAUGGAAAAAUCAACAUUUAUGGAACAAAAACAAAAACCAAGUUGCAAACUUUAAACUUGGACCACAAUUCAACUUUAUGUCGCUUUCAUCCAACAAAACGCUUUCACCUAUCAAUUGCAUCCUACAAAGGAUCAGUUUAUAUUUACGACAUUCAAGCGAAAAGAACGAUAUUUACAUCACAAGAAUGCCAUGCAGCUCCGUGCAGAGACCUUUGUAUGUCGCCAGCUUUGCCCGAUGUACUCCUAAGUGUUGGCUAUGACUGUAUAAUAAAUGUCUUUGAUACGCGCAAAAAGUCUAAACCACAACAGAUUCAGUAUUGUCAUCCUUUAUCGACAGUUGCCCUAUCUGAAUGUGGCAAUUAUUUUUGUGUUGGAAAUUUAAAAGGUGAACUCAUAUCUUACGACAUGCGUAACACAAAGAACUACUUGGCCGCAAAGAUAGUUCACGACUGUCCAGUAACUAGAAUUGCAUUUGUUCCAAAUGAAGUUGAAAGUGGUACUAGUUUUACUACUACUGGAAAUCAAACGAACUUAGAUCCGACACAUUAUGAUGCUCGAAAGUCUUUGGCUAAUGCAGAGCUAAUGGCAAAAGGUAGACGGGAUUCAUUUUGUGAUUUCUUAGACUUUCAAGCGUAUCGUGGUAAUGAAAAAGUUUCAAGUCGUCUUACUACUCGACAACGCGAUAGCUUUGACUGGGACGCUUUGAAUAAAAAGACCCUUCAUGAAGACUUCCGGAUGAGCAUAGUUCCAUCCAUAAAUCAACCGAACUGCACAAAUUCAUCAGAAAGUCCAAAUCCAGGUAGCAGUUUUGAACAAUCACCUACAUCUGGCAAGGAAAAUCUUCCAAGUCCUUCUAGGUGCGAAAGUCUUCAAAUUCCCAGUUUGUUGCAUCGUCGAGAGGACUUGAGUGCUUUGCGAGAUCGCAGUAACACCGAUCAAAAGCUUAACAAAAUUCAAGAGGAAAAUGAAUUUGACAUUAUAUCGGGGAAUGGUUCUGCUGAGAAAGAUGGAGAAGUUAUGAAUAUCUCUCAAAAAGACAUCGAUGGUGGGUGUUUCCUCAAGCUGAAAGACGAUCAGAAAAGUACUCCCAACAAUUUUAAAACAGCUUCCUCAGAAGGUUUUAACAAACUCAUCAAUUCGAAGCCGCCACAAAACUUGGAUGUUCUGCAGGAAAUUCAAAAUAUUCGAAUUGAAAUGGAAGAACGCUUUACCCAGCUCGAGUCAGAAUUAAAGUUUAAUGCUGAAACUAAUAAGUGGCAUAUUUUUACACAAAACUGCAACUUGUGGAACAAACAGAUGAAUUGCUCGGAAGAAAUUAAAACUUCAUUGGGUAUUUUGUUGCAAACAGAUCCGUUUGUAAAUGAAUAUUUGCGUAUGAAGGAAGAAAAUCAAAUGUUGAAGAAUAAACUGCUUCAGUUGGGUCAGCAUAUUUAAUUUUUAAGAAGGAAUGAUACCAGCGGCAUUUGAAGAUUCACAGAAUUGUUCAAUUUUGUAUUUUUAUUUGAAAUAAAGAAAUUGUUAUUUAUUA